CACCAGCUGCCGUCUCGUGGUGCUCUCAAGUUCUCAACCCACUCCAACCCCAAAAUUCUCAAGUCCAAUCGGAGGUCGCGCUAUGGCCAGCCUCUGUCUCCUUACGACCAAGAUGACGACGAAGAGGUUUCUCGUGCUAGUGAUGUUUCGGAUGACGAUUGGUUGCUCAAUGAUGACUUUGCAGAAAUUUCAGAGUUUGAUGUUAAUAGAAAGAGGUCCAAAUCACACAAGGGAUUUGUGAAUGGUCAUUCGGAUGGCAGAAACAGUAAGCACACUCUAGAGAAAAGUAAUGCUGCAAACUACUACAAUAGUUCUAAUCAAACAAAUGGUGUCAGUUCCUUGGAUGUACCUCGUAAGGGAAAGCAGUCUACAAGGAAAGCUAUGGAGGAUAGAUUUCCUCGGCUAUCAGAAGAGGUUGAAUUGGAUGAGAAGUGGUUACCUCUUAUUGAUUACCUUAGCACAUUUGGGCUUAAGGAAUCACACUUUAUUCAAAUGUAUGAAAGGCAUAUGCCUUCUCUUCAAAUAAAUGUGUGCUCUGCAAAGGAAAGGUUGGAAUAUUUGUUGAGUGUUGGGGUCAAACAAAGAGAUGUAAGAAGAAUGCUUUUGAGGCAGCCACAAAUCCUCGAAUAUACAGUUGAGAACAAUUUGAAGUCCCAUGUUGCUUUCCUCAUGAGUUUGGGUAUUCCAAGUUCCAGAUUCGGGCAGAUUAUUGCUGCUGCUCCAUCCCUCUUCUCUUAUAGCAUUGAGAAUUCAUUGAAACCCACCGUGAGAUACUUAGUUGAGGAGGUCGGGAUUAAAGAAAAAGAUUUAGGUAAAGUUGUGCAGUUAAGCCCUCAAAUUCUAGUUCAGCGGAUUGAUAUAUCAUGGAAUACUCGUUUGAAUUUUCUUUCUGAGGAGAUAGGAGCACCCAGAGAUAGUAUUGUGAAGAUGGUUAAAAAACAUCCCCAGUUCCUCCACUUUAGCAUCGAUGAUGGUCUGCUCCCCAGGAUCAAUUUCCUUAGGAGUAUUGGGAUGUGUAAUGCUGACAUCUUGAAAGUCUUAACUAGUCUGACACAGGUACUAUCCCUAUCACUGGAGGAGAAUUUGAAACCCAAGUACAAGUACUUGGUCAAUGAACUUCAUAAUGAAGUGCAUUCCUUGACCAAAUAUCCUAUGUACCUAAGCUUGUCUAUAGACCAAAGAAUUCGCCCCCGACAUAGGUUCUUGCUUUCUCUGAAGAAAGCUCCUAAAAGGCCAUUUCCUUUAAGUUCACUGGUCCCCACUGAUGAAUGCUUCUGCCAGCAGUGGGCUGGAACUAGCUUAGAUAAAUAUAUAGAUUUCCGGCAGAGACUACUGCUCAAGGAGUUUGCCAAAAAUAUGAAAGAAAGGGAUAGCAUCUUCUCCGAAAGGAUGCCCGAGGUUACUGACCCAAGUGUUUGAUGAACAGAGCAGCCUCCCUUUGCAACUUUGUCUGUGAAUGAAUUUCAAUGUAUGCCACUGUUAACAAUAAUUUCCAUGAAGUUCAGAGUUUCUGGUUAUCAUAAACCUGGAGUAAGCAAGUUUCCAGGUUGUUGACAGUUUCCCGUUGGGAUGGUUAGUUUGUUUCUCAUGUGGAGUAUAUAGGUGGUACCUCACUCCACUCCAAUGCUAUUAGUUGUUCAUACAGGAGCAGCUCCAGUUUUGUAUACAACGUUACAUUCUCAGGUCAAGGCAUCUAGAUGAGUAUUAUUUUCGAGGUUCUAACUGCUUGUGACAGAAAAGACAAUAGACGACAGUCUAUGCUUUAAGGUGAUUUAUUUUUUAAUUGAACAAGAAAGGGUGGUUUCCAGGAUAAUGAAUCUACCUUUUGAAUGGUCGCAUGUUUGAUUAUUUGUGCUGUAUUCCUUUGUGCUAGUAGACAAGUACAACGUAAUACAUCUCUUCCUUACUGCCAUUGGAUAGCCUAAUUACAUUGUUUGAUAUGAUUUUGUACUUUCUAAUGGUUAAUUAACUCAUUGCAGGUUAGUAGUGUAUUUGCAUCUUCUCAACUCUCAAGUGGACAAAGGAGAAGCUUUACUAACUGCGGUUGAUUUAAAACAGGAGGAUUCGUUCUUCUACUGUAUGCAUUGUAAGUCGGAUGAGUUUUUGCUACUUUUUCAUCCCGAAAAUAUACCCAGAGAAAAGCAAGAAAGCAGCCAAAAUUGCAUUGGAAUUUUACAGAGAAAAUUUGUCAACUCUGUAGUUUGGAGAUUCAACCCAACAAGUAAAGGUCAUCAUCAUAUUCGAUCAAAUUGGAUUUAAUUGGUUAAUUUGAGUGGAUUGGAUUGAGUUUUAAACACGAACUAGAUUGGAUUGAUGUCAAACAUAUAACUAUAGAAACUCAACUUUAACACACUAAUAUAUAUGUAACAAUAGUGUUGUAUGAAGAAAAUUACUUCUCUUA